AUCAGAGAGACUAGAGUCGCAGGCGCCAAUGCUUUGAAAAUCUAAAACAGGAAGUGACGUCAAAUCUUGGAAGAAAAAAAAAAUCCCAGAAGAUUCGUGUUAUUUCCGGCCGCUUCUUGUCACAUCAGCUCGAUACAGCGUCCCACAGGCAGAGCAAUUGAAGUCAGUUGCCAUGGAUGAUGACUAUUACGUGAUUUUAGGGGUGCAGAGAAAUGCAUCUCCAGAUGACAUCAAAAAAGCUUACAGGAAACUGGCUCUCAAGUGGCACCCAGAUAAGAAUCCAGAUAACAAGGAAGGGGCAGAAAAGAAGUUUAAGCAGCUUUCAGAAGCUUAUGAAGUCCUUUCAGAUGCAAACAAAAGGAACUUAUACGAUCGAUAUGGAAAAGAAGGCUUAACUCCAGGUGGAGGAGGAGGAAGAGGACACUUUAAUAAUGACCACUUUGGAGGAUUCACAUUCCGCAAUCCAGAGGAUGUCUUCAGGGAAUUCUUUGGUGGACAAGAUCCUUUUGCAGAUUUCUUUGGUGGAGAUCCAUUUAAUGAUGACUUCUUUGGUGGCGGUCGGCAGCACCACCACCAACACCACCACCACCACCACCACCACCAGCAGCGGGGCAUGAGCAGAAGCCGAACAGGAGGGUCCUUCUUUGGCGGCUUUGGGGGAUUCCCACCUUUUGGGGCAGGAUUUUCAUCUUUUGAUGCGGGUUUUUCUCCCUUUGGGCAUAUGGGAGGAGGUGGAUUAACUUCUUUCUCUUCAACUUCAUUUGGUGGAGGGGGAGGUGGCGGAGGCAUGGGCAGCUUCCGCUCUGUGUCAACCUCCACUAAAUUCAUCAAUGGCAGGAAAAUCACUACAAAAAGAAUCAUUGAGAACGGACAGGAACGUAUAGAAGUUGAAGAAGAUGGACAGUUAAAAUCUCUAACCAUAAAUGGAAAAGCCCAGGAGAUAGGCAUGCUGGAGGGUCACAGACAGAGGAAGGAGCUCCCUGACUCCUCCUCCUCGCAUUCUGCAAGGCAGUCAGCUCAGAGAGAGGAGCAAAAUAAAACUACAGGCAAAGAGCAAACUGGAGUCAAGAGGAAGAGAAUGACGGUGAAGGGAGAGACCAAAAAGGCCAAAGAGUCCUAAAUUUGUCUCUUCAUCUCAGUUU